GCGACCACCAUAUCAAAUCGAAAUGGAAGCUUGUGCGUCGGUGGGAAAGACAGAAAAUAUGCAUUUUUUGGUGAACAACUGUGAACACUUUGCUUUCAAUCUGAGAUAUGGCGAGAAAUCUUCUGGUCAGGGCUUUCUCGGAUCACUACUGCUAGGUAGCGCUGCUGUGGCUGUAGGUGGGGUUUCUGGUGGAAUUUUGGCAGGUGCCUGGUUACUCGCCUCGAAGAUCAAAUCAAAAAAGGACGAUGAAUCAAAUGGUACAACACAUAUCCAAGAGUAUGACUGUCCUACUUAUUCAAGGAUCAACAGUUAUAGAUUAAGUUAAAUGUCAUACAGUGUAUUCGUAUUUAGGUGGUUGCCUUUUAGCCGUUGUUGUCAUACGAAGAAGUAUUAACUAUUGAAAUGGAACUUGCAUAUGCAACACGAAAAUACUGAGUUGACGAUCAUCAUUAUGAGAAGAAUAAAAUAAUGUUUCAAU